AUGACCGGAGAAUAUAGGGGUACAAUGGAUUUACAUGGAAAAAAUGCUGUUAUAACUGGUGCUAGUAGUGGCAUCGGUAAAGUGGUAGCAUUAACUUUGGCUAAAGAAGGUUGUAAUGUUGCUUUGUUAGGUCGUUCUCGUGAUACUCUGGAAAGUUUAGCUACUGAAUGUUCAAAACAUGCCGUGAAAGCUCACGUUAUUAUCUGUGAUAUGUCAUCGAAACAAUCAGUGGAAGAUGCAUGUAAAGAAAUCGGUCAAAUAUUUCAAAAUAAAUUAGAUAUUCUUAUAAAUAAUGCUGGCAUAUUUGGUGAGAGUAUUUCUUCUAUCGAAGAAAAAACACCAUCAGGAAAAGAUGUGGUAGAUAUGUGGGAUGAAGUCAUGACAGUGAAUUUAUUAAGUUUAAUGCGAAUGACAGGAAGAUGUUUACCAAUGAUGAAAGAAUGUAAACACAGUGCAGUGAUUGCUAUAUCAUCCAUAGCAGCAACGAUGACUAAUGGGAAACUAGCUCAAUAUUAUGCUAGUAAAUGGGGACUUAAUGGGUUUCUUGGUUCGAUUUAUGAAGAUGUUCGUGAAUAUGGUAUUAAAGUAUGUUCUAUUAUGCCUGGUUUUGUCAAUACCCCAAUGCUUCAUAGUGCUACGCAGAACUUCAAUUUUGACAAAUGUAUUCAAUCAGAAGAUAUUGCUGAAGGUGUUCUUUAUAUUUUACGAACACCCUAUAAUGUCUGUCCUACAGAAAUUAAAUAUCGACCACAAUACACACCAAUUUUGAAAUAA